UAUAUGAAAAACAAACGCAGGCUCACCGCUGACGCUCUUCUUCGAAGCUCCUCGGUUGUUUACAGUUUUCCGUUUAGCUUCAGGUUAAGUUCUCUGAUUAAAACCGUUUAAAUUGCAUUUUCAGCAUGGGUUGCGACGGCGGAACCAUUCCCAAAAGACACGAACUGGUCAAAGGCCCGAAAAAGGUCGAAAAGGUGGAUAAAACCGCAGAACUUGCUGCUAAAUGGAGAUAUUGUGCAUUGAGUCAGGAGAAGCUGAAGCGGCCCAUAGUCGCCUGUGAACUGGGCAGACUGUAUAACAAAGAUGCGAUCAUUGAGUACUUGUUGGAUAAAUCAGCGGAGAGGCCGAACUCUGAGGUUGUGGCUCACAUCCGGAGCAUGAAGGACGUGAAGGAGCUGAAUCUGACAGAUAACCCGGCGUGGAAGGGCGAGAGGCGCAACAUUAAAGGGGACUGUUAUGAGGACAUGCACUGCAGCAUGUUCAUCUGUCCUGUGGUUGGUCUGGAGAUGAACGGAAAACACAAGUUUUUGUACCUACAGACCUGUGGGUGUGUUUUCUCAGAACGAGCGCUCAAAGAGGUCAAGACCGAAAUCUGUCACAAGGUUGGUCAAGCAGUGUUCUCGAUUCUCUUACGUCAUUAACAUCUCUGUUUCCUGUUCUGGCUCUCAUCUCUUCAUUUUGUUUUGUGUAGGCGCUUUAUUAAACCAGCUAUAUGUUAAUAAUCUUCCUGAAACCUUAGACCGUAAAUGAUCAUUUGCAUAAGACGUAUGUAAUUGAUCGUUUACUUUAUGGAAGAUUAUGUCCACAUAGAUGAUCUUAGUUAAAUGUUGAUCCGAGGUAAUGGUUUUUAAUAGAGCUUAGCGUAUUCAGCGUUCAGUUGAAGGCCAUUCUGUUUGUCUUACUGCAGAUUGAGUUUUUAAAUAGCACUUUUGUCUGUAUGUUUAUUUUAAUGCACAUGCACAGCCUGAACAAGCCAGAAAAAAUGUAAAAUAUUUUACUCUCCUGGC